UAUGUAAAAAUCAUCAUUGACAUUCUCAAAGAAACAUGAAAAUGGCUCCAAUAAAAUUAGGGUUUCUGAUCAUUUUUGCUCUAGCAAUUACUAUUUCAGCUGAUGAUGAUGAUGAUGAUCAGCCAUUAUGCCCUGAUUUCUACGAAAAAUCAUGCCCUCAAGCUUUGCCAACUAUCAAGCGUGUGGUUGAGGAGGCCUUGCAUCAAGAAAAGCGUAUCGGAGCCUCUUUGUUGCGACUGCACUUUCACGAUUGUUUCGUACAUGGUUGUGAUGCAUCCAUUCUUUUGGAUUCGACUCCAGAGUUUCAGAGUGAAAAAUUCGCAAUACCUAAUAAUAAUUCUAUCAGAGGAUUUGAGGUGGUGGACCAAAUUAAGUCGGCGGUCGACCAAGUCUGUGGCGCCCCAGUGGUAUCAUGCGCCGACAUACUGGCGGUUGCUGCCCGCGAUUCUGUCGUUGGACUAGGAGGCCAGUCGUGGGAGGUCCUCCUAGGGCGGCGCGACUCCACAUCCGCCUACAUUGACGAGGCCAACCGCGACAUCCCACCGCCGUUCCUCGACCUCCCGCAGCUCGUGACCAAUUUCGCAAACAAAGGGCUUGACGUCAACGACCUCGUAGUCCUCUCGGGCGGCCACACGAUCGGCUUCUCCCAAUGCACCGCCUUCCGCGCCCACAUCUACAACGACUCCAACAUCGACCCGGGCUUCCGCCGCCAGCUCCAGGAGCUCUGCCCCCAAAGCGGCGGCGACACCAAUCUCUUCCCGCUCGACGCGACGCCGGCCGUCACCGACACCAACUACUUUAGCAACAUAAUUGCUGAAAAGGGACUCCUUCACUCCGAUCAAGAACUGUUCAAUAGCACUGAAACCAAACAUUUAGUGACGUUUUUCAGCCACAAUCUUGAGGCUUUUGCGAAAGCAUUUGCGAUUUCGAUGGUGAAGAUGGGGAAUAUCAUGCCGUUGACGGGAGAGAGUGGCCAGAUUCGUCACAAUUGCAGGGUUGUUAAUUGAUUGAUUGUUGAAAUUUCAGGGUUUAUUUGAUUUAAAUUUUCUUUCUUAUGUCACAUUUUCAUGUUAUGUAUACGUUGUAUCUCACUUUUCGAAAAAUAUGUGGAGUGUAAUGUUUGUGAUGUUA